GCUGCAGAGUGUGUGACCCGCCAUGAAAACAAAGCAAGAAGUUUGGUGCACAAAUAUGGAAACUGCGCCCUCGAGGGAAUACAAUAUUUGGACUUAAGCUCGACGGUUGCAGUGGACGAGUUCAUAUUAAUUUCGUGUCUGGAGAGAAGUUUUGGGCGCCACUGAACAUGGAGCACAUCACCCUCAGCUGCCAAACCUGCCGCUUUUCAUCUAAAUUAAUCGGGGAUAUAAAGACUCAUAUGACCACAGAGUCACAUAGACAGAUAUCGUCACAAAUCUUCAAGACAGAAACAUCCCCUAGUCGUGGCUUCUUUCCCUACAUUUCUGCGAUCGAUUCCAAACACCGUCAGGGCAAACCCUCAAUCAUAGGCUCGUCUCUGCUGACGUUAUGUUACAGUAAAAAGUCAGGAAAGUAUUUUUACCUGUGCCAUGUCUGUGAGGAAACCUGUUCAUCAUUCAGCAUUGAGAAACACCUCCGUUCCUCUGACCACUGUGGAAACUACUUUAGCUACACAAACCCAAAUGUGCUGAGUUUCGCCUGGAUCCCCAAAAUGGAUUGGAGUGUAAUUCUGAAAGCCGAGAUCUCAAAAGAAGUAAAAAAGGGGAAAGAAGAACUAAUGCUGUUGAGUGUUCCUGACAGACUCAUGAAACUUUUUUAUUCAAAUACCUACGAUCAAGUGAUGCGCAUAUUAAUGAACCAUGACGACCUGCUUAAAGAUUUCAAGUCAACAAGGACGACGAUUCAAACGUACCAAAAAGACGGCGACAGGAAGCAUCCACUUCUUGGCAUGCAGCACAUUGUCGAAUUGAGCACUCAUUUCGGGCCCACUGAGAAGACAUACUAUCUCUGCACGCUCUGCAGCCUAACUUUGGCCCCCCACAUGAUCAUCAGACACGUCCUGAGCUUUGACCACAUCUUUUGUUACUUUAAGGCGUGGCAUCCGUCUACUUUGCUGGCAAAGGAAUCCUACAAAGAUUACAAGUCUUUUGCCUACAUAGUGCUUGAUCUUGCAAGGCAGAGUGAGGAAAUUCACGGUUCUGCAAGCACUCAUAUGAAGCAAGUGAGCCUGCAGCCUGCUAAAUUCAAAUCAGUGAAUUUUGCUUGUUAUGCCGAAGCUCUGAAGGUACUGGAAUCCAUCAGGAAAGAGAACCAGGAGAGCAGUUUGAUUACAAGCAUCGAACCCGGAAACAAGCUGGAGUACCGUUAUACUGUGUCAGCAGUGGUGGCAAAGUCAGCAGCAUCUCCAGUGUCAACAGCUGCUGUAGCGCCAGCAGCUGCUGUGGUGUCAUCUACAGCGUCAUCUGCGUCUGCAGCUACUACACCGUCUGCAGCUACUACACCGUCUGCAGCUACUACACCGUCUGCAGCUACUACACCGUCUGCAGCUACUACGCCGUCUGCAGCAUCAAAAGGCUCAUCAGCGUCUGCAGUAUCCACACCGUCUUCAGCGUCAAAAGGUUCAUCUGCGUCUGGAGCAUCUACACUGUCUGCAGUGUCCAAAGGCUCAUCAGUGUCUGCAGCUACUACAGCGUCUGCAGCAUCUGCACCGUCUGCAGCAUCUACACCGUCUGCAGCAACUACAGCAUCUGUAGUGUCAAAAGGCUCAUCAUCUUCUGCAGCUACUACACCAUCUGCAGCAUCUACGUCAUCUGCACCGUCAGGAGUUAUGAUAUUGCAGUACAAACUACGCUGCCAGAACUGCAGCAUGAGCUUUAAGGAUAUAAAUCAGUUUCACGCACAUCUGUCAACGUUUAUCCACAAGAAGAUGUUAAAGACACACUUGGGUGAAGACAAUCGAGAUCAACAAACAGAAUACAACUUGGAGAGCACAGUCGUCAACGAAGAAUCAAAACCAUGUCUCGGCUUAAACGACUACCUCCGCGAGAGCAUGGAGCGAAAUCAACCACUUAUUGGUGUUGCCUUGGUUGUGGCGUGUGUCAGCAGUCAGGGAGAACCCAUUUAUAUCUGCUUCGCCUGUAGGAACUCUUUCAACGAGUCUCUGAUCAGACAACACGUUGACUCUCGGAAACAUCUCAUACACACGUUGCUGUACCAGAAUCCUUGGCGGCUGCCUUUUGGAUGGGUAAAUGAUUUGAAUGUGGAAGCCUUGAGGUCGGAGGCAUGGGAAGAGGAGAAGGCAAGAGGACCCGAUCAGAUGUUGCUGAAGAUACUUGAUAUCCCAUUUCAGGUGUUUCAGGACCUCAUCCCAAAUUCCAGUGAUUACCCAGAAGUGUUGAAGAGACUUGGGAAGUACCACACGAUCUUAAAGCGUGAUGUUCCACAGUGUGAAACAAACACCAAACUCCAGCAAAAUGAGCGAUUUCCUCUGCUGGGUCCAGGGUUCCUGGUCAUGCACGAUUUGCACAUGUCCACAGAGAUGGGAUGCCUGUGUUCACUCUGUAAGAGGAGGUUGUCCAAAGAUGAAAGUCACGCUCAUUUGUUCAGUUGGGAACAUGUUGGUGAAUUUCUAAACCGUUUCCACCCAGGCUCGGUGCAGCCAAACACUAAGGCAGAGACCCUUUUGGAUUUGGCAAAACAGGCAGCACGCCUUCAACCCAAAUUAGACAUACAGGUAAUAAAGUUGAAAAAACCCAUUUGGGAGCCAUGCAGCUACGACAGAGCAAAAAGCAUCCUGCUUUCUGCGAAGAAGAAGAAAAGUCUUGCACCUGAAAUAAUGUCUAAAGAGAAGUUGUUCCCCAGACGCUCUCUGACAGUCCAGGACCAUGUGAGAGACCCCAGACAGGCAAGUGGCAGGCUGAUGAAGGAGGGGUGUGAAAAAACAACGAGUCAAAAAUCUGACCAUGGUGAGACUGCCCUGAAAAGAGAAGAAGUUGGUGCUGGAAUCACCAAUGAACACAGUGUCGGACGUAGAGAAAAGGGAGACAACGCUGAGACUGGAAAAGAAUCUGAGAAGAGAACUAGAUCAGAGGAGGUAAAGACAGAAGAGCCUAUAGAGAGAGACGCAAGUAGUGAGACCAUAGAAAGCUGCAAGGUCAGGGAGAAAAAUGAUUUGACAGGUAGCCCAGCCCUGCCACAGCUCACACAGAAGAGGAAACGCUCUCAGGAGGACACCUGUCCCGUUGAGGGCACAAAGCAAGAAAUGGACCCCAAAAGGCAGCGUCUCUCUUCCAAAGGAGACACAUCUUGUGAAGAAUCCCAAAACUUGCCGAGUAGUGGACAUAAGGGAGAAAGUGGCAAAUCAAAUCAUGAGGCUGCACAGGACAAAGGCUUAAGUGCACUUAAAAGCCAGCAUGAUGAACGAGAGCCCUUCUACCUCUGCGUGUGCUGCUCUUUAAAUAUCCUGCAGAAGGACUUCAACAGACAUGUUGCUGGAAUUGAACACCAGAGGAUGAUGGUGCUGAGCAUGGAGACUGAUAAAGAUCCCAAAGACUCAGAGACACAGCCAUUCUCAAUAACUACAGCCACGUCUGUAAUAACUGGAACCACCUCCAAUACAGCAAAAGUCUCCCCUGAAUCAAAGGAAGAUGUCAAAUUGACGCAUACCAAAGACACCAACACAAUAGUUGGGACAUCUCAGGCAAGAACAGAUUGUAGCGUAACUACUCCCACUCCCACAAUCUCAAAGUGUACCGCCAAGUCUUCCAGUUCUCCCCCAUCGACUGCACCUAGCGCCACCAGAUUGAAACAAACUGCACACAAAUGUACAGCAGCCACCUCCACUCCUCAUGCCAACAACUCAAGUACGACCCAAAACGCAAAGUCUGUAACAAUUUCCAAACCGCCGGAAAGCAGAACUGGAGCCGCAGCCAAAGCUCCAGCGGCUUCACAUAAAGUCACCCCCACCUCUGACGCAGCAUCCACAGUGGUGCGUGAAGCCACCAGCAGAACCGCCCCCGCGUCCAAAACGGGAAACGCCUCCCAGAUUUCUGAAAAUGCAUCCAAAGCUGCUGCCGCAUCUCAAACUACGGUGACCAAAACAUCAGUGAAAUGUGACAACAUCAAAGCGUCGGUAAAGACCGCCCCUAUAAAGAAUUCAGUGGGGUUCGAUGCUGCUGAUGGUGCACCCACUAUUCAUAAGAGUAAGGAACCUGCAGCUCCCAACCCGACCACACCAGGGCCUCCGCCCACACAGCUGUCAAAUAACUCUGCAAGUGAGACAAAGCCAAGUGACAGCUAUCCUAAAGUUGGCAGAGACCAGCUGAUUAUAGUGGUAUGUCAACAAAGGCGGCACACCUACUGUAAGCUGUGCUCCGUCCGGUUGCAGCGCUCCUCUCACACAACAACCUUUGCCCACUGUUAUAACUAUGUGAAAAAGAUGGAUCCUGAGUGGACCGCCAAGCCGUGGGAGCUGAAGAGCAAAGUUUUCGAGAAAGGGACCGCUCUGGCCGAGGCUGAGAAAAAAUACAGGGUGAACGCCGAGCUAUUAGAAGUGGACAUUGAUAUUUACAAAGAGUUGGCUGCUUCUCCAGAAGACAAAGCUAUUGAAAGUGUGUUAGCAAUGUUGAGACACAGAAACUCACGAGACAAUAGUGCAAGGACAUGGAGGCAGCAAGUUUCCUAUACCAGUUCAUGUGAAGCUUCGAGCCCAGAUGAUGGGACGUUCAUGCAAAAGAAUGAAGGAUUUUCUCCUGAUAUCCAGUCGGAGCAAGAGAACAGACAUGAGCUGCAGUCACCAAUGGUCCAGAUUCCAGAGAUUGAGUCCAGUUCAAAAGAAGAAGGAAGAAGUCCUGCAGUGGAUCAGUCAGAGAGUACACAGACUGAAGAACUUGCUGUCACAGUAAAUAUAGAACAACCGAACCAACCAAGACCCAGCCAGAAGGGAGAGCAUGUACCAAACCACUCACAGGCGCCCCAGAUGAUUCCACUAGGAUGGAGAACUGGGGGCUGCAGUAAUUUGUCUACAUACUUGAAGGUGAAGGGACUUGAAAGUGAACCAAUCAUAGGUCGCGCAGCUGUGUGGGAGUGUCAAGGAAUAUCUCAGGCUACAUUCUACCUGUGUGAAAGCUGCAAGGAGACGCUCUCCCUCAGUGACAUCUGUCAACACCUGGUCAGCGAUCAACACUGGUUAAGCUACAUAAUGGGGGUUUACCCUAAGCUUCUGCACUUUUGGUCGUAUGAGGAUCUGGAGCUUUGGAUGAAACUGGAAAUUUUAAAGGGCAUCGCCAAGAGGCUCUUACCACUAGAGCGAGAUGUGCAGUUUCUACUGCUGAGACCGGAGCUGUAUAAAAAUGUUCGGGAAGCUCCGUUCAGUGAAGCUUUAAACAUUGUUCGAAGCGUCAAGUUUGAACAGAGAGGCGAUGUACCCAGCUGUACCCCACAACAGAAGGAAGCAAGACAAAACAAUGAGCAACAUCAUUUGGAAGAGACGGCUGGAGAUGCGGAUGCAGUCAAAGAAAGAAAAGUCCCGAGUCCUCUGGAUUUUCACAGCGCCUCGCCAAAGGCUGAUUCUGUUGUCUUUACAUUCGCUGGUGCUGACACAUGUCUCAGUCCCCAGGAGCCACCAGAACCUACACCCCCAGUCUCUCAGUGCCAGAGCCCUCUACCAGAGUUGCAAUUGAAGCAGACAGAGGUGCACACAAAAUUCCCAUCUUCCUCUAUUGAUAAUCCUGAAACAAGUCAAACCCUGCCAUUGUCUGCCAGUGAUAAAUGUCUUCCAACCAUAGAAGAACCAGCUGUUGGAUCGAUUGAAACACUGGUCAGAUGUUGUAAUAACCCCCAACUUGAAGAUCCUUUGCCAGCAACAUGCGAGCGCACGUGCAGUGAGCUUGCAGUCAGUCAGCCCAGCCCUGAAGUAGUUUCAGAGUCCACUUCUGUUCAUCACGCUGCAACAUCCACCGUGAUGUCUCCAAAGGGCGAACACACAGGGUGCGGAUCUGACGAACGAGACAGCAUGGACUGGACAAGCCAACUCCUGGCUCUGGUAAGAGCAAGGAAGUCUGAGCUACAUGUGUCCCCUUGCCAGUCAGCUCCAGAUAAGACUGUGACUGACGGAGACAGUGAGACUACCACCUCCUGCAAUAACACUUCAUCUGAAAGUCGUGUGGGAGGAAGAUGGGAUUCAAAGUGGUGGCCGUUUAAAGUAGCCAAAAAUUACUCCUUGCCGGAUAUAUUUUCAAAAGCAGCUCCUGCAGUCUCGGACCCUGAGCACCAACUUUUCACCCCUGAUGCCAAGUCUGAGGGCGCGACUGAAGCCAAAGUAGUCGGUACCAUGUUCCCUUCUGUCAGCACUGUUGACCCCAGUAACCCACAACAGAGAGGCUCUGAUGCUCCGAGCACCUUGGGAAAUGCAAGCCAGUCCGACCCUAGUCCCAUCUGCUCUGAAGUCCCCAACAAUAGCCUAGGUCUGACCUCACAGCCACAAGAUUACGAGACCGACAGCACUCUUUUGCCCAUUAACACCGUCGUAUCUGACAGGCAAAAGCCCCCUGAGCAGCAGUUUAUCAGCAGCGGUAAUGGACAGGGACACACUGAGGUGGACAUGGACUAUCGGGUCCCUUCCCCAGCUGCAACAGUAAACCCCAGCGACUCUUCAGGAGGAUACAGUCAGUACAGCCAAAUGGCUUAUGUCGCAAACAGACAGUCAGGUUAUUAUUCUUCUCCGUCUGCUGGAAGUUAUACAACAGCAGACCACCCUCCUGGAUACGCUGGGAGCUCAUACCAAUGGCAAGGCUACUCUACACAGGGGUUCUACCCAAACCAGAUUCACCCAACGCACGAGGCAAACUGCUACAGUCUACAAACAGUCGGACACACUGAAACACCGCCGACCCCAGAAUGGGUGCAGCUGGGAAUGCAGCAGCAGCAGCUUCUGUUACUAGAGCAGCAGUACUCCUCAUGGACAAAUGCUCACCUGGCUGCUGCAGACAGCCGAUCAGCCAGUCAGGCUGCCUAUGUAGGUGCCGCUCCAUUCGCUCCUCCAGCCAGUAAUUCACAAACGUUCAUUGACCCUAACCAAUACAGCACCAACAGAGUCUGUUCAACUCAGAACAGCAACAUGACGACACAGACCACUCCUCAGGCUUAUCUCAACCCCAUGGUCAUUUACUACCCUACUGCAGCCAACGCUGACGUCAGCUCCCAGGUUUAUGGAAACUUUUUUUACUCUGACAAAGGAAUGUAGAUAAUUUGUAAAUGUUUUAUUUCUGCAGUGCAGAUGUUGGUUAUUGUUUUUUUUCUAGCAGAUGUUAAGUUUACAACUGCUGUCCUCUCAGGAAGAUGUCUCACCGUGACAAGUUAGGAUACAGUUUGGAGGAUGCAUCAAAUUGAUUUAAACUCCUGCAACACUGAAAAACCGAGACAUUCAUUUUAAAUAAAGUUAACAGACUUUCUGUUUUAUACUUAAGUUAUUGUUUUCUUUACAGAUGAAGGGUAUUAAACGGCUUGUUUCAGUUUUUAACAUUUCAGCAGUCCUCUGUGAGUUUUGUAGUUUGAUAUUCACGUUUGUUUGUUAAUAAAAUUACUGUUAAUGCAUUUCUUGUCUUGAAUGUGAACUAUAUUUGUAUAUUAUUUACCUUUUAAUGUUAUUUCUCUCUUAGGCUAACAUCUGUACCAUCCAGAUCAGACACAAAUGAAUCAAGGCUUUUCCAGUAGAAGUAAUGAAAAAUUAUGAAAACUGUAAUCCAACAACAAUUGAAUUGGGUUGUAAGCUGUAGCACCAAACAUAUUUUUCUCUUGCUAAUUUUUAAGCAGGCGGUCAUUACAGAUGUUUUUUCAAGGAUAAAAAGAAGGGUUAUAAAUUCUCACAAAUUUGUCACAUUUCUUCCCCCACACCAGCUGCCUUGACAAUGCAGAAACUAGUUCCUCAUUUGGCUGGAGCAUGAAAGUAUGGGGUUUUUCUGCUUUUAAUUUGGAUAAAACACAAAUUCACAGACAAAUUGUCUUGUCUGGUUUAUUCAAGCGUUUGCAAAAGGGUCAAAAGAAAUACAGUCACAAAGAGUUUGCAUUGGAUUGACAAAGAGUUAACAGCCACUUAUAGGCAAGAUAUGGUCUACUCAUAGCAAUCAACUGUGAACAAUCAUGGCAGUGUCUCUCAUCAGAGCGUGACAGUCUAACAAAUCAUAUCCAGUAACUUGUCACCAUAUCAAAUUCAUAAUAAUACAACAGAUCCAUAGUAUCAUCUUCUGGACUCGUCUGGUUCAGCACAAAUCAUCAAAGCAACAUAGUGGCAUUAUUUUAGCUGCAGUUGCACUUUAACUCUCUGUUAUUCUGUAUUUCCUGCCCAGCAUGUAGCCAUUAGCUCGGCACAAACUUGACCUUUUAGUAUGCGUGUAUUUGAGGAACAAGACUUCUGCUGUGUUGAUAGACACCACACAGAAGUAAUGCAUUACAUCAGUGUUACCACUUGACUGUAUAAGCUCAAUGUUGAGCUACCAUCUAUGUACCAAAAUAUCUGGCAGAGAGCCACAAAUAUAAAUGGCAUUGAAGUCCUUGUAUUUGGAUUCAUUCUGCUGCAUGAGAGAUGAAUCAGACAUCGUAUGCAUGAAAUAACAUGCAUCAAACUCCACUUCUUCGGCCAUUUCCUCCUUUCAACCAUAUCUGGAAAAACGUAUCAUAUCACUUAACAUGCACUUUUCUGCCUCCUUUUGCUUUUUCAAUGAACCAUAAAUUAACCACUACAUACUAUAACGUGAAGCAGAAAUUGGCCACUACAUUCUCCUAGCAGUAAACAUUUUACAUUUUUAAUAGUUUUGGUACAUUUAAUGGCACAUUGAGUUUUACUUUUUUUUUAACUUUAUUCCUCCAUAUUGGGUUCAUUUUCUAUGAACACGUGCACUGGCGGUUCUAGACCAGUUUUAUUGUGGGGCCAAGCAGGGGCCAGUGUUUAAUCAGAGGGGCACAUUAAAAAAACGGCAAAGAUGAUAUUAAGCAUUUAAAAACCUUUAUUUUAGCU